AUGACGGGAUCGAUGUCUUCGAUGCUCUAUACGCCGCAGAGUGCCCGUGCACGCGCGCCCCAGCCCAGCGCGCCGACUGAAGACGAGAUCAAAGCUGGUGACUCCUGGCACCAUCUGGGAUACCCUGCGUUCGUACGGUGGAUGGCCUCCUCCAACGACUUCUUCGUCUUAAGAAGAUUCUCAAGACUGAGUGCUCGAUGCUUGUUGUACCAGCAAAAUGAAAUUGCGAGACUCGAGAAAGAUUUGGACGAUUGGGAUGAUCUUGCACGGAAAACAGACCCAGACGACCAAGUUGGAAGACUCUCUUCCGAUAGGAUCGAGCAAGAUCCGCUGCAAGAACGCGCUGAGAUCCUCCGACAGCUGAUACCUUUGCUCAAAGCAUACUACGACUCUGUCAACAGUUUCGCUGAAGUCAAAGCGAGGCCGACCGCUCGAAGACACCACAUACGCAACCUGGAAAAUUGGUUCAAAACUUACCCCAAUGCCAUCGAUCCGGAAGAACAGCAUUUCAGGCGAGGAGACCAGUUCCUAGAAGGAGACCUUUUUCCCAUCAUAUCCAAGCAGCAGCCCCCGCUGCGGCUGGCCCUGGGUCAAUGGCGAUGGCUUCGGUUCCAAUUCCAGCUCAGGCCGAGGGAUGAUCGCAUAGGUUCAGACCAGAUCAUAUACACCAGCGAGAAGGGGCUUGACCUUUUUACUAACAUGUUGGUCUUGGUCCUUGGCCUGCUUCUUCUCUUCGCUCCGAUGUGGUGGCUCAACUUCGUGGUUAACGACGUGCAUAGGUUGGCCGUUAUCACCAGCUUCGUUGCGGCCUUCACCGGCGUGGUCUGGGCUGCAGCCGGGCAAAGGCCGUUCGAGAUACUGGCCGCUACGGCAGCAUACGCGGCUGUACUUAUGGUGUUUCUUCAGAGCAACAACAGCCAGAGCAGGUUGGGUGGGAGCAGUGCCGUCAAAGCAAUGGGUAUGUGA